UCUGCUCGCCCCCGUGGUCGCUGUGUGCGCGCUCCCGGGGCUGAUGCUGCUGCUGCUGCGGGCGGCGGGAGACCAGCGGAACCGGAGAGGCCGGGACACACCCGGAGGCAGCAAGGUCCUGUGGAUGCCGGCUGUCCUGUCCAUCUUGCUGCUCGUCUGCCGUGGCCUUAGACUUGGGAAUACAGGAUGUGACUGAAGUGUCGUGUGUAGGGGGGGACCCGGAAUUGCUUCUACUCCCCCGGUGGUGCUUACAUUCUGGAUGUUAGAGCCGCACUUUCCAUACCAUGCAUUUAGUUGGGCUCAGCGUGGUCCCCAGGAAGCUGAGUCUGGCCCUGUGGGUUCUAAGCGUGGCCGCCCGUGUACUCUUCUCUCAUGCCCAGGUAUACUCUCAGACUGUGAACACACACUACGGCAAGCUGCGUGGUAUGAGGAUGUCUUUACCCAACGACAUCUUGGGCCCUGUGGAUCAGUACCUGGGGGUGCCUUAUGCCGCGCCCCCCGUGGGAGAGAAGCGUUUUCUUCCACCUGAACCCCCUCCCUCCUGGUCAGGCAUAAGGAAUGCCACACACUUCUCACCCGUGUGCCCACAGAACAUACAAAACGCUGUGCCGGAUAUCAUGAUGCCGGUCUGGUUCACCUCAAACUUGGACACUGUGACCGGAUACCUACAAGAGCAGAGCGAGGACUGCCUAUAUCUUAACAUCUAUGUUCCUACAGAGGAUGUAAAACGGAUUUCCAAGGAGUGUGUCCGAAAACCCAACAAGAAAAUAUGUAGGAAAGGAGGACCCAGCGCUAAGAAACAGGGGGAAGAGAUAUCGGAUAAUGACGAAGACGAGGAAGGAGAUAUCCGAGACACAGGAGCCAAACCGGUCAUGGUGUACAUCCACGGAGGCUCGUACAUGGAGGGCAGCGGGAACAUGAUUGAUGGAAGUGUGCUCGCCAGCUACGGCAACGUCAUCGUUAUCACCUUGAACUAUCGAGUGGGCGUCCUGGGGUUCUUGAGUACCGGAGACCAGGCAGCUAAAGGGAAUUACGGCCUCCUGGAUCAGAUCCAGGCCCUGCGCUGGGUCAGCGAGAACGUGGCGUUUUUUGGUGGAGACCCUCGUAGGAUCACAGUAUUUGGCUCAGGCAUCGGAGCGUCCUGCGUCAGUCUCCUCACGCUGUCCCAUCACUCGGAAGGUCUGUUCCAGAGAGCCAUCAUACAAAGCGGAUCCGCCUUGUCCAGCUGGGCCGUCAAUUACCAACCCGUGAAAUACACCCGGCUGCUGGCCGAGAAGGUAGGCUGCAACGUGCUGGACACCGUCGACAUGGUGGAUUGCUUGCGUCAGAAGAGCGCCAAGGAAUUGGUGGAGCAAGACAUCCAGCCUGCCCGGUAUCACGUGGCCUUCGGGCCCGUCAUUGACGGAGACGUCAUCCCGGAUGACCCGGAGAUCCUCAUGGAGCAAGGAGAAUUCCUCAACUAUGACAUCAUGCUGGGGGUCAACCAAGGGGAAGGACUCAAGUUCGUGGAGAACGUUGUGGAUGCCGAAGACGGCGUCUCCGGAAGUGACUUUGACUACUCGGUGUCUAACUUUGUGGACAACCUGUACGGGUAUCCGGAAGGCAAAGACACGCUCCGCGAGACCAUCAAGUUCAUGUACACCGAUUGGGCCGACCGAGACAACCCCGAGACUCGGCGCAAAACUUUGGUGGCUUUGUUUACUGACCACCAGUGGGUGGAGCCGUCAGUGGUGACCGCUGACUUACAUGCCCGUUACGGCUCCCCGACUUAUUUCUACGCGUUUUACCAUCACUGUCAGAGUUUGAUGAAACCGGCCUGGUCCGACGCCGCCCAUGGGGACGAGUUACCCUACGUCUUCGGCGUCCCGAUGGUGGGCCCUACAGAUUUAUUCCCCUGCAACUUCUCCAAGAAUGACGUCAUGUUGAGUGCCGUAGUCAUGACCUACUGGACCAACUUUGCCAAAACCGGUGACCCCAACAAACCCGUCCCCCAGGAUACGAAGUUCAUCCACACCAAGGCGAACCGUUUCGAGGAGGUGGCGUGGUCUAAGUACAACCCGCGGGAUCAGCUGUAUCUUCACAUCGGGCUGAAGCCACGUGUGCGCGACCACUACCGGGCCACCAAGGUGGCGUUCUGGAAACAUCUGGUGCCGCACCUUUAUAACCUUCAUGACAUGUUCCACUACACGUCCACCACCACCAAGGUGCCGCCUUCUGACACCACUCAGAACUCACAUAUAACUCGCCGGCCCAAGGUUUGGGAGACAAAGCGCCCCGGUGUCUCGCCCACGCUGAAUGGCCCGGGCAAGUGGAACCCCGAUACCGACCAGAUGGACCCCGUUGUCAUCCAGGAUCCCAGGGACUAUUCCACGGAGCUGAGUGUCACCAUCGCCGUGGGAGCUUCUCUUUUGUUCCUUAAUGUCCUGGCAUUUGCCGCUCUGUAUUACCGCAAUGAUAAGCGGCGCCAGGACACUCAACGCCAGCCGAGUCCGCAGCGAUCCUCGGCCACGCGGGACCCGACGCACAGCCCCGUACCUCCCGAGGAGCUCAACUCACUGCAAAUAAAUGCAGGACACCCUGAUUGUGAAGGAGGAGGAGUCUCCGGCCACGACAACCUGCGUCUCGCCACGCUUUCUGACUACACCCUUACAUUACGUCGUUCCCCUGACGACAUUCCACUCAUGACACCUAACACCAUCACCAUGAUCCCCAAUUCUCUGGUGGGACUUCAAAGCCUUCACCCCUACAACACCUUUUCUGCAGGCUUCAACAGCACCGGUCUCCCCCACUCACACUCCACGACCAGAGUAUAGCACCCCACCAUGCUGCACUUCCUCCUUGCCCGCGACACCAAGUCUACCUGAAGGUGUCAGAGACAAGGAAGAGAGGCCAAAUGACACAUUCCAUACCCCCCAAAGAAGAAGGGGGACAGGUGUGGGGCUUUGCUUUGAAUACAGUCCUGACCCACCAAGGACACGCUUGUGGUGUGCUCUUGUUUCCUAAAGUGCUUUGACCUUUGUGGAGGCACCAAGAGUGAGGACAGCUUGGGGCGAGGACAGCUUGGGGCGAGGACUAAGAAGAACGCCAUUGGAGAAGAGGCAGGAGGGAACCAAGCCCAAUGUAUUGUCCCUUAUCUUUUCCACAUGGCUUACCAUCAACGUUCACCAUUCUGACUUUCCUGUAAACCCUUCACUGUCUGUACAUGUGGAGAACCGGAUGUGAUGAGGAACGGGGGACAAGAUGUCUACUUUACUAGCAUAGAAGGACUGAGGGGGGGGGGGGAUGGGUGUUAGGCUCGUAUAUAGUGAUCAUCUUUCUAAAAAAAAUAUUUGUUUUUAGAAACAUGACAAGAUUUUUAUUGGAAGUCAGAAGAAGGUCACGGGACAGAGGGACUGAAACCCAAGAGACGUCUGACCCCAGUCACCUACUCAGCUCCUCUCCAAAUGUGUGCCAAAUUCAUUCACCAGCUAAGAAAUGGGACUGAACACCGUCCUGGUUUCACCUUAAUCUUCCCAGUGCCAAAUAUACGAAGCCAGCCGUCCUAGGGAGAAGGUUACGUAGGCAGGAGGUAUGCGGCUUUAGUUAUUUUUGAAAAACAUUGCCCAGUAAAGACACUAUGUGGCCAAAGUUUUUGAACACCUGACCACCACACCUAUUUAUAAUGACAAAAGUAUAUUGCCCCCCCCCCCCCCAGCUCCUGAUUGUGGAGUUCAGGGGUUUCCAUGCAAGGGUCUCGGUA